AAACAGUCGAGUCCAGUUCAGUGUGUCUCGAUUGCUAGUGUAGUGCAGUACUAUUCGAAUUAAUACCAAAAAUUAAUUCCUUUGAGCGUGAAUCAUGAAACCAAUUAUUCUCAUCGUUAUCGCAUACGUGACCAUUGCCAGCGGUAAACUGCAAUGCGAUAUACGACCAUUACGUCUGCCAACAGAUUGGUUGGACAUGGAGGGAGGCUGUGUAGGUGCUGUGAAACGACAAAUUCAAGAAGAAAUCGAUGCUUCCAUCAAGUACAUGGCAAUGGGUGUACAUUUCUCUCAAGACGUGGUUAGUCGGCCUGGAUUUGCUGAGUUUUUCUUUCAAUCAGCUACGGAGAAGCGUGAACAGGCCGUCAAAUUAAUUGAAUAUUUGUUAAUGCGCACACCACUUAGCCAAGUGGCCGAUCUGAUAAAGGUCAAUGCACCGGAAGUAAAAUACUGGAAAGGAACAAUUGCCCUAGAAGACGCUUUGAAGACCGAGGCCGCCAUUACGAAGAAGAUCAAAUAUGUGAUACAGAAAUGUGAAGAAGACGAUCGGAGUAACGAUUAUCAUAUGGUGGACUUUUUGACCGUGGAAUUUUUGGACAAACAAUAUCAUGACCAACGCAAUUUGGCUGAGAAGAUUUCCACAUUGAAAAAGAUGAUGAAAUCGGCAAUCAACGAUUCGAUUGGAGAAUUUUUAUUCGACAAACAGUUUUUGGCUUAAAAAUAAAAACGACGCGAUGAUCAGUGGAUGUUGUCGUCCGAUCAAAUUGAGAGUAAUAAA